CCGCCACAAACCUAUCCUAAAGGAAGACAAUUGUAUAAUGAAAUGGGCUUUAUGCCUUUCAGUUUCAGCCUUUGUAUAAUGAACGGGUUUAACGGGUACCCAUAUUAUCCAAACGGGUAUUUGCGAGUAACCCGCGGGUACCCAUUGUAGGAAUGUACAAUCCCAAGUCCAAACCGUUAAUAAUAUUACAGGUAUUAUGAGUACCCGUAAACCUUAAAAAAACGAUACGGGUAUGGGUAUACCCAAAUACCUGUUACCCGUUGCCGACCCCUAUUCAACUCCAUCUAUUCUAUCCAUGUCUGGAUCAUAGAUCCACUUAAGAACUUACCCUUUUGUGUAAAAGAGGGAUAUAAAAUAUAUAUUUUAAUAUUUUCCAACAACUCAAAUUACUCGUAUUAACUGUUUUAAUUAAGAAAUAUUAGAGCAUGUUAUGACAUAAAGUAGGAGUAGGCACGUGGGUUGUUAAUCCGCAGUUUGACAUUGAUCCACCCGCAAAUAAUCACGAACUCCAUUGAGUGGUGAUUGAUAUGGAUGGAUUGAAGAUUGAUAAAUCUCCUAUCCGCACUUAUUCGGGUGAGUGGUGGUGGAUUGCCCGAAUGACCAGCACCAUAUUUUUACAUGACAAAAAAUGUUAUUUCUUGUUUAUACUAUCAAAUAGUCAUCAUGUUUGUUUCCUAACUGCACAAAACAAAGACCCUUGACUUCUAAUGGCAGGGAAUAUAACAUUUUUGGACUACUAUUAUUGAUUAUUAUAUUGUGCAGUGUAAUUAGAUAUUUGGAUACAUGUUAUAAACUAUUGACUAUAUCAUAGUCGAAGAUGCGACAAUUUUCUAUACACAAUUGGCUUAUGGAUGUAAAGUAUGAUGCAAAUACAACACGAAUCCACAAGAUACAAAGCGGAAGUGCCUAAAUUGCUACUGUCUUACUAAUUUGUGAGGAACUUAUUAAAAAUGUUAGUCAAGUUUCUUAAUAGGUAGUUGGAGAUUUGCUUUGCGGAUUAACCCACAACCCAACUACACUCACCCGUCACCCACCCAACUCAACUCGAAGAAGAUUGUGGGUGGAUAGCCGGUCAUUAUUAUAUCAAUUCGCUAGUAAGAGAGUGGGUAAAUUUGAGACCAAAACUCAGCCAACACGCCCAAUGUCCACCCCUAACAAAAAGUUCUCGUUUUUGUAUUUUUCAAGACUCUUGAUAUUAACUAUUGAUUAAGCCCAAUGUAUAGCUGACCUAUACAUACUUCAAGUCCAUGAGUUUGCUUUUGUUUUAGAUGGCCUUAAAAACAAUGGUAUAUGAUCCAUAUUAGGAAUAACAAUGGUUUGACCCCCUACUAAUUUGACUCAAUUGUCAUGAUUUGUAUAUGUAUUGUGUAGGACCCAAAUAAACUUAUAUGCACUUUUAAUAUGGGUUUGUGUUUGGGUUGGGUUUGAAUAUGGUCUAACUUGAUCAAGUCAUUUGGGUCCGACCUUAGCUGUGUAUUUGGGUCCAGAUGAUUGUACACACAAAGACAAUAGAUGAUUGUACACACGAAGACAAUAUUGACCAUAUCAUUAACUGGAUUGCCCAAGAGUAAAAUCGUGGGGGCUUGGCCCAAAGCGGACAAUAUCGUACUAAUAGGUUGCCCAGUUACGACAAGUGGUAUCCGAGUCUGGUUCGGUUCGGGGCGGUGGACGUCAGUUUGGCGGAACCCUCAUUCGGUGACCUCAGGAUUUGAGAUCUGCGUCUGGUUUGGUGGAUCCAGGAGAGAUUCGCGUUUGGGCUUGGCGGAUCAAAGAGAGUUCCACAUUUGGGAAGCAGAUCAAAGAGAGUUCUGCGUCUGAAAAAAUCCUUGUAUCGAGAAGCCCAUCGAUACAAGGUGUCUGACGGAUCAAGAUAAUCGCUUAGGUGAGGACACGAAGUUUGUGGUCCUUGUCUUGAGGGGAGGAUUGUUAUGGGACAAUUCAAGUACCACAUCAGUAAUACACGGGAAGGGACCCUUGUAUAUUAGUGUCCACCAAGCUCAUUAGUACGAGGCCUUUUGGGGAGGACACCCAAGAGUAAAACCAUGCGGACUUGGCCCAAAGCGGACAAUAUCGUACUAAUGGGCUGCCCUAUUAUGACAAUUACACCUUUAAUUUUGGUGUUUUAUCUUUCUAUUCGUUUCAUAACAAAAAAAAAGAUAAAUUUUUUCUUUUGGGUAUUCAAUACUAUGAGUCAAGUUUAAACCCCAAUUAAAUUUUUUUGAAUAUAAUCCAUAUUAUCCUCUCUUGCAACAACUUGAGACCACAUGCUCGUGACGAGCUAAAGCUAUGGUUACAGUCCACUAUGGUAAAACCUAGGAAAAAUAGUUGAUGGCAUAUGCAAUAUAUGUUUCACAAUUCACAUGUGUCUUGAAAUUGUAUACAAAUUAUUAUACUACUACUACUAUAUAUGACGAUAGAAUAGAUAUACACAUAUAUAUCAGCCAGCGCUCACAAGUUUCCUGUGGGUUGGGGUUGGUUGGUUGGGAAACGAGGUGCUGCUAUGCUAAGUGCUAACUGCCCUGCUGCUGCUGCUGCUGCUGCUGCUGCUGCAAAAAGCGAAGAAUAGAGAAUAGAUGACGCCGGCCGUCAAAUAAUGUGUGUAUAUGUGCAAACUCCAUUUAAAGCUGCAACGCCUCUAACUACUCCUAAGCUUGGUUGGCUUUAUUCAUACAUAGGCAUCACGCCACAUCUCAUCUCCAGUCACUAUACAACGGAGGAGAAGAGAUUGCAAACUCGAAACUUUGUCUAUACCUAAUCUCUCUCUUUCUCCCCGUAUGCAUUUUCUCAUAAUUUUCCCUUCUUUUUUUUUCCUCUCUAUUUCUCCUUCACACUAAGCAAACAAAGGCGUCUGAUCACGUUAGUUACUAGGAUGCAUACGUUAAGAGGUAAAAAUGGGUGCAACAUCAGCCUGUUGUUGGAGGAAGAUAGGGUUUUCAGAAAGCUGUUUCAGUUGGGAAUCCAAAUGGAGAAUCAAGCUAUAAUAUCGAUCAAGUGAUUUUGCGGGUCAAUUAUCCAUCCGCAGGCGCCACCCCAAUUUUAUGGGUCACAAGGACGCACAUUCACUUAUCAUAUAUAAUCACCCAAAUAGGCAAAUACGUGUUAGAUUAUUGAGUGCAUUAUAAUUUGUAUUUGUUGGGUUAGAGUAAAUUUGAUGAUUGAUCCACCUAUUGUCCAUCCCCUGAUCCGAGCUCGAAUAUUUAGCAUAUAUAUACACAUUUAUUACGGGUAAAUGCCACAUUUGGUCACUGAGAUUACUAAAUCAUGUCAUGUUUAGUCACCAGAAAAAAAUAUCAAUUUUGGCCACUCGAAUUACUAAAUUAACAUGUCACAUUUAGUCACUCUCCCGUUAGUUUCUGUCCAACUCUAUUAACGGAGUUGGACGGAGGCUAACGGAGAGUGACUAAAUGUGACAUGUUUCAGUAAUUCGAGUGACAUUCCUAAAAAAAAAAAGUAAUUCGAGUAACCGGAGUUGGACGGAGGCUAACGGGAAAGUGACUAAAUGUGACCUAGUUUGGUAACUCAAGUGAUCAAAAUUGAUAUUAAUUUUUUCUAGUGACUAAAUAUAACACGAUUUAGUAAUCCCAAUGAACCAAAUGUUGCAUUUACCCCGUUUAUUACGAGCUAUCCAACCAUCACUGAAGAUUCAGUAAAUAUUGCUGAUGAUA